AGUCUACAUAUCAAUGGCGCGGUCUAUAAGAUGUAACUCUCCGUCUUCGGCCAUUGCAUUUGGGAGUAUAUAACGUCAUUAUACAAAUGCCUUUCUGUUGGGCUCAGUCAAUUUUCACCUGAUGUCUCAAAUUACAAAUACUACCACUGGUAUCAGUAAUAAUAACAGUAAUAAUACGCCAUGGAACAGAACUCCCGGUAAACCUGGUAUUGGCACUGGUGGUACUGUUAGUUCUUAUCCAACAUUUUCAACGCCCUCAAAUAUUCCAUGGUCUACAACUAGAAACGAUGCCGUAGAUUUAAUACAAGGACGUGGUCAAAUUGAAGAUAUUAUUGAUAAAAGUCAAAUUAUUCAUUCUUUGAUAUCUUAUGGUAAUAAUCCGAAAACUUUCGAUACUACUCUUACUACAGGUGGUGGUGGUCAGAUGUGGCCUCUUCCUUCGAUUUUCGACACAAACCGAACUUCUGAUCGUAAUGCUGUUGUUGUCGGUGGUGGUGGUGGAGUAGGUGAAGGAGGCGGAGAAUUUUUACCUCAGGAAUCAGGAACUGAUAACCAGUGGGCAACCACACCUUUUUCAGGUCAAACAACUUCAAAUGUCAGCUCUCUAUUAGGUUCACCUAAUACAUUUCCUAUCAGUAAUAAUCAUAUACAAGCUCUUAAUCCAUGGUCUUUCGAUAAUCCAAAUAAUAAUUGUUCUAUUACUGCGCCUCGAGCAAUUACUGGUCAACAAUUAAAUAAUGUUGUAACCUUAGCAAACACACCGUCGGAUACAUUGAAUUCAGAUCGUUCUCGUCGUUAUAUGCAGCAUUGGACAACAUUGAAUAAUGAACAAGAUUUGUUAAAUGACGAUCGAUCUGGAUUGGCUUUUCCUUUAUCAAGUAUUAACAUUAAUAAUAUUAGUAAUAAUUCCGUCAGUGGAUUCGGCAAUCCUUCUGAUUUUAUUGAAAAUCAAUCACUCUCUUCUAACAUAAACAAUAAUGCACGAGGUAGUAACAAGUUAUCAGAAUUUGAUAUUGGACAAACUAGUUUAAAAAAGUCUAGUUCUGAUAUUGACUCUUCAACAUGUGAUGCUGAGGAAGCUAUUCGCACUGCGGUUAAUACAACUGAACCAUGGGGUAUUCAUCCAGUUGAUCAAAGCACACCAUGGAAUUGUUCUGAAGCAAAUGGUGACUGCUUGUCAAUACAUUCCUCUGGACCAAUUACAGGAUCUCCACCUGUGAGUGAAACUUCUGCUGCAUCACGAAUUUCAGGUCAUAAUCAACCUAGUGGAGUAUCAACUAUCCAACCGACAGGUUCUCAGUCAUCUUUACAUUCCAGGCGUCUUAGCUCCACAGCCUCUUCAUUUAGUAGAGAUCUGGAAUCAAAUGUUUGGCCAAGUGAACCUCCAAACGGUACUGGGAUUUGGGAGUCGCAUUACGAAAGUCUUGGUGAGAGAACUGCCCGAUGGCAUCAAAAUAGUGGUAAUUCAACACAAACAUCUCAGGCUCCAUUUUUAUCACAUCUUAUCAAUCCCCCUAACUUCACUUCUAACCAAACUUCACAUCCCACUAUUAGAUCUCGACCUCAACAAGGUCAACUGCCACCAAGUACUGAAAGCUUUCGUGGAAUCAAUCGUGCAGUCCCAGGGACUAUAUUUCCUGUAGGACAACCACCUUCAAAUUCGAGUGUUAUGAAUUUGAAUACAAGACCGAUUUUCGGUGGAAAUCAUCCAAUAGGACCUGUUAAUAGCAAUAUGGUAGGAACUGGUGGUGGUUCAUCUAGAAAUUUUCCAAUAGCUAAUCCGGUGAAUCUUGGUUCAGGAGUUUCUUGGCCCUAUACCUCGGGAACACAGCCAGUUGACCCUUCUGUUCCCGGGAUUAAUUUUGGUAAUAAGUCUCGAUGGCCCGGACAAAAUAUGAAUCGUUUACCUGGUAAGCAACAACACCCAACACCUCAUGUUUUGCCUAAUAUUACUUCUGCUGGUAUGAGAUGGCCUCCUGGUGCAACAACUACACAUAUUCAAGGCAUAUGGCCACAUACAGACCAACGACGCCCAGGCACUGUUCCAGGACCUUGGUCAACUAAUGCUUCUGGGAUGGAUAGUAGUAGUGCUGGAGGAUUUUUCAAUCAGCCUACUCAAAGUAUAGCUCCUCGAGUUUCUCAACAGAUUGGUACCUCAGAGUUUCCUUCGUCAUUAACUCCUGCUCGGGGUGUAAACCAGUCAUUUAGAACACCUCAGAGUGCCUUCUAUCCACCCAUAACUCCCGGUUUUUCGUCAACACCUAUGUCGCAACGUAUGUUUAUGAGUCCACAACAACAUUCACAUCAACUACAACAACAGAGUAUGAUUCGUGCCCAUGUGAUGCGUCAACUUUUUAACUUCGGUUUUACUGAAGAUGAAAUACAACCUAUAUUCGCUGAUACAAAUACAAAUGUGGAACGAGCAUUGAUUGACUUACGUGAUCGAUCAGGCCAUCCGGGUAUUGAUGAAUUGAUCAAUGCUUUGAGACCAAUCACUUCCAAUUUGUUGCCUACAUUUAAUCCAAAUGAUGUUAGACAACAAUCAGAUCUUCCUGGACAAAGUAUAAAUCCCAAUCGUUCUAUGAAUGCAAUGCGGGGAAAUGAGAUGAUGAAAUCCAAUAUACCAAUCAGUAGUAAUAGUAAUCAACCUACAGAAAAUUUAGAAUUAUCAUUACAAUUAUUACAACAACGUGAAACACAAAUACUUCAAACUAUUGUACAAUUACAUUCAAAACAUCAAGAUUUAAACCAAAAACUCUCACAUAUACGUUCAGCAACCAAUGUUCCGUUUGCUACAAAUCCUGUUAUACAUGAAUUACAGUUACAAGCAUUUCAAGUUGGUCAACAAAUCGAUGCUCAACAGGCUCAAUUAAAACAUGUACGUAGUCAAGCUGGUAUGCUACGACAGAUAACUAUGUCCUCAUCGAAUUUAUCUAAUCCAUCUCAAAAUUUAAACACUACUAAUAUAACCACUGUUACACCAUCAUCGUUAUUAGCUAGUAGUGGUAUGAUUCAUGGCGGUGGUACUACUGGUCAAUCUGUUACUAAUGUACAACAUAUAAUUCCUAAUUGUUUAACAGGAACAACUAAUCCAGUCAAUUGUAGUGGAUUUAAUUUAUUGACUAGCAGUAAUAGUUCAUCAUUAUCAUCAUCCACCUCUGCAUUACCAUCAUCAUGGUGUGCUAUUUCAACACAAAGUGGUAAUAUGAUUAGUGGUUGUAACAAAACAAAUCAACCGUUAAAUAUUUCUGUAGUCGGUAAUAAUAGUAAUGGUUCGGAAAGUAUUGAUUUUCUACCGGAUCAAUCAAAUUUUAAUAUGAAUUCUUUAUUAUGGGAAUCUAGUCCUUGGUCAGGUUCUAGUCCACAAUUACACGAGAAUUUUUCAACUAAUCGUAAUUCAUUAGCAACUGACAGACGUUGGACACCGUCUGGUGGUAGUAGUGGUAGUGGCAAUGGAGGAGUCGUUGGUGGCGUCGGCGGCAACAGUAGUAGUAGACUACCGCCACCGUUUAUAUCAUCUCAACUCUCAUCACUUGGUGAUCCUAGAUGGUCAGAUAUGAUGAAUGAUGUGACUAAUUCAAUAAAUGAUACAAGACGACAAUCGUUUAGUGCUGGUGUUAAUGAAAUUGACGAAUUACAUAACAGUGGAUUAGAUUAUCAUCCAAUAAUUCCUAUUUCUAUAUCGAGUAAAUCAUGGCUUCUAGCACAUAACAUUCCACCACAUAUAUCAGUUGGGAUGUUAAAAAUGACUGUGUCCUCAGCAUUAAACAAUCAUAUCCUUCGAUCUGGAGAAUCCAGUGAUAGAAAUUCUUCUAAUACCGCUUCUAUUAAUAGUAAUGGUAAUAAUAAUGAUAUCGAUUUUGAAAUUCAUCCGAAUAUGUCAGCACGUUGGGUUCUAUUAGGAUUAAAUAGUCCUACACAUGUGUCUAUUGUUCAUGACACUUUAGAAGGUGGUAAUAGUAAUACUAAUAAUAACGGACAACAACAGACUACUGGUUGUUAUGGGUCGAUUAAAUUAAUUACACCAACUGAAGCACUUCUUCAUUUGCAAGAAAUUCAGUCAUUAGCUUCUCGUCUGAAAGGUUUAAAUGCCGAUGGAUCUCAGUCAACUUCAUCGGCUACUAUUCAUUCCAUUUCACAAUUAUCGUCAUGCAAUAUCAUGAAAUGUGAUUUUAAUUCGAACCAUAAUAAUAUACCAAGCAGUGAUUUAUCUGGAUCAAAUCAUUUAUUAAUUGGAAUAAAUGCCACAACUAAUAAUAAUAAUUGUGCCAGUUCUUCACUUCCUCUUCCAAUAAUAACUACUACUGCUACUAGUACCCCUGCUAACACUGUUGUCACGACUGUCAAUAAUCAUAGCUCCGAUAGUUAAACAACAUCAACAAUAAUAAUAAUAAUCCAGAUUCUACUGUUUUGUGAUCAAGAUAUUAGCACCGGGACUGAUCCCUACUCUCUCUCUCUCUCGUUGCCGAUUUGUCCAUUGAUAACUAUUCACAUUUAUCAUUUACUUUAUACGUAUCUUUGUGUGUAUGUAUGUAUGUAUGUAUGUAUACACUUUAUGUUAAUGAGUGUUCCAUUUGUUACAUAUUAUUAUUCUAAUAAUUAGCAUUAUUAUUUAUGGUAUUAUUAUUCAUAGCAAUAUCACAAAGCAUUUGGUACUGCUUAUUAUUUCUUCUUCUUUUUUUGUUUGUUUGGUUGGUUGUUUUUUCUCCUUUAUUUUGUUACAUCAUGAUUAUCAUCAUCAAUAAUAAUAAUAAUAACACGAUCAUGUUUACCUUUGUGUAUAUCCAACUAUUCAGUCAGUGCCUCAUAGAACAAAAAAAAAGAAAGAAAAGAACACAUAUUGUUUAUCUAUUAACUAUCUCUUACACUUAGCUCAAUAUUAAAAUUUCAUCAAGUGAUAAAAUGCAUUAUAUUAAUGAACUAUAAAUAAAUAAUAAACAUAGUUAUUUAUAAUGCGCCCCAACGACCCAUUCACCUAACCACUCCCCCCCCCGACUUUCACCUAAAUUUUCUAUUUACCAUUGCCUCCAUGUUAAAUCUAUUCAUGUAUAACAACAAACCAUGAUAUUUUCCUUGUCAUCUUGUUUGUUUUUUUUAUAUUUCGACUUCUUUGUGUACUUUUCCAUACUGUCUGUUCUCUCUCUUGAACGCGCAUACAUACACAUAAACAAACAUUUGUAUAUUGAUAUUGUUUCAUAGAAUUAUGAUAGUUUACAUAAAUUGUACUGUACUGUAAUUUUUUGUUUCAUUCAUGUGACUAUUCCCUUUUCACAAAUUUAGUUUUUUUUUUUUUUGUUUACUUAUCAACUUGUUAUUAUUUUUAAUCAUAUGAAUUGUUGUUGUGUUUGUUAAUUGUGUAUUUUGAAAGAAAAAUGUCUUCUUUAUGUCGAAUGAUAUUGAUUAUAAGAAUACUAAUAUGAUUGUAAUCCAAUGUUAUCUCUCCCUCCUUCUACAGCCCCUCCCCCAUAUAUAUAUAUAUACAUGAUGAACCUAUACACAAACACACACAUCUCUUAUAUGGUAACUAAUCAUUGUGGGGGUGGGGGUAUUUCAUUAGAAAAAUAUAUGCACAGUAAUCAUAAUUUCUUUUUUGUAAUCUUGUCAACAUUAUGCAACACCACUUAUGCGAUUCUAUGUUAUAUUUUUAUGAUUUUCUGACUUAUUUCAUUCAAUAAUGAAAGGAAUAUUCAUUGUGUUCACCCUUUUACAUUAAAAAAAAAAGAAAUUUUUUAUUUCGUAACUAUUUUUGUUUGUAUGUUUAUUGGUUUCAUUCUCUUGUCUGAUUCAUCAGUUAACUGCUCCCUUUUUCUUUUUUUGAUCUACGAGUAUCGUAUUUCGUCGGGUAAAUGGGUAUAUUGUGGGAUUAUGUUAACAUAAAUGUGUGUGAGGGUGUAUUUCGUCUGAACUCUUUGUGUUAAAAGAAAAAGUGAUUGAAUCGGUAAAUAAAUGUUAAGAGUGUGAAUUGUGAUAGAAAACAGACUAGAAAAUGUUUGGAAAUUUUCGUUCCCCGACUUUUUUUCAAUUUGAACAAAGAAAAACAUUUCCUUUAUUCCCCCCCCUUCCCAUUUUUUAUUAUAGAUAUACGCGCGCAUUCGAGUUCCUAUCUUUUUUUCUUAGAAAAAUUCUGUAGCAAUAAAUAUAUCAAUCAGUCCAUAUUUGUUUAUCAAAACAAUUUGUCGAUUGCCUUUUUAAUUGUAAUUUCUUUCGUAUGUUGUUCAUUAUACUACUGUUGAUGUUAUCAGUAGUAUAAUAUCAAUGAUAUUGUCAGGAUCUAUUAUAAAUCAUUGAUAUCAAUCAACUAUGUUACAUCGAUUUAAUCUUUCUAGUUCUCCUAUAUAUUUCUGUGUGUAUAUUAGAUAUACUCAAUAAGUUGUUUGUGUAUGUGAACUAUUCCCCAUUUCUGUAUCUUUUUUUAUAUAAGUAACUGGAAGAAACAUUGUGCCUUUUUUGUUUUUCAUAUUUUAUCUUAAUACACACAUGACAUUAGUGUCUUUUACUUGUACUACUUAUAUAUAUAUAUAUGAGAUAUUCAUUACUUAAAAAUUAUCUUGAAUCAUAUAAUGUAUAUGUAUUUUCAGUUACUGGGGUGGGGGUGCGGGGUUCUUUCAAACAAUUAGAUUCCGUACAUAUAGAUGUGUAUGUACCACAGUCUAUUUUAUGUAAUUGACAGAUAGAAAACUAAUAUGGGUCAUCAAUAAUGAUUGAUUCUAUCUAGGCAUUUGUUAAAUUUAUUCAAUAUCUCUUACCUUCUACAUUGAUGAUUAUGUGUUUACAUUCACCACCUCAUAUUAAUACUGGGUAUAAAUUAAAGGGAAGGAACAGUUUAUCUGUUCAGUCUUUGUUUUUUUUUUACCUUUUUUUGUCUUGGUAACAGAAAGUCUUCAACUAAGUUAUUGCUGUUUUCUUCGUUGUUUUGCUCUGCUGUAGUGAUAUCUAUGAAUGUAAUUUUCAUUUACAUACAUAUUUAUGGUGUACCUAUAAUUAAAUCUGUAUGUGUAUUUGUCUUGCAUUUCUAAAUGUGACAUGCUUUUCUUCAUUUUUCCUUUUUCUCUUCUUGAGUACAUUAAUCCCUCCCCCCUCAAUGUACGAUGAUGAUGUGUGUGUGUACACGUUUGUAUUUUUCAUUUUAAUUCACUAACAUUAUUCAUUUGAAAAGUAAAUUACUAUUACUCUCUAUACAUAAAUAUUCAUAUACAAAUGCAUAGAUUCUAUUUGUUACCCUUUUUAUUUGUCUUUUGUUUUUUUUCACAUUAAACUAUUAGAAUUCGG